AUGCCUCCUCCUCUCCAAACAAGCAUGAUGCUGAAACGACCAGCCCAACAACAAGACGAGAAUGCUCCAUAUUCAAAUCAGAAUACUUGGCAAGGACAUCUCAGUAAAGGCAGCGACAUGUCAGAACGCCCCGCCAAAAAGCAGACAUUGUCAUCGUCGUCUGCAUCUACACGACGUGUCCCACUAGGUCAAGUAAAGGACUCGAAUAAACAAGGAAACGAUGUCGCAGCUGCCCGUAAAAAAAUCAAGGAAGCACAAAAGACUGCCCAGGAAAGAAUACGAGCCACACGGAAAAAGUCGCAAUUGAUAUUUGCUGAAAAGCCAUCAAAUAUCAUCCAAUUACAACCGCCAUCUGCAUGGGCUGCUGCUCCACCACGAGAAACCACACUAAGUGCACUCAUACCUGGCUCUGCUAUUAAAUCAGUGCCUAGAUCCUCGGCUGAAGCCAGAGAAUUGAAGGCAUUGAAACGAGCCAGUACUAGUAGUAACUCAUCUAGUAUAGCAUCAUCCAGCAAGAAACAACAUGUGCACGUCCUUAAUAAUAGCACUAGUAGUAAUAGCACGAACUUUAUACCGCCAUCGCAUCGUAAAUCGAUAAUAGUCUCUAUUCCGAAAACGAUACCGGGACUGGGUAUGGAUAUUGAUUAUGAUGAACCACUUCGCGCUCGGUUUGGACAUAUUCCUACCAUUCAGGAGAUUGAGACUGAUCCGAUGCUGGGUGGAGAGUACCUGCAUGGAAUCUGCUACUACCUACAUGAUCUCGAGAAACGCACACUGCCAGAUCCCAUGUAUAUGGCGAAUAGCCAGCCGUAUCUCACCUGGGCAAUGCGGACAACACUAGUAGAAUGGCUAAUCCAAGUUCACGACACACUUAGACUGUUACCCGAAACACUCUAUCUAACGAUAAAUCUAAUGGAUCGCUUCCUAUCCCUCAAAACCGUAUCUGCAGAAAAGGUGCAACUCGUAGGUGUCGCUGCCAUGCUGAUUGCCUGUAAAUACGAGGAGAUCUCCGUUCCAUGUAUAGACGAUUUUAUCCAUUUCGUCGAGGGAGGCUAUACCCGUGAAGAAAUCAUCCAGGCUGAACGAUACCUGUUGGGUGUAUUAAAGUAUGAUAUUUCGUCACCUGGACCAAUGACGUUUCUUCGACGGAUAUCGAAAGCCGAUAACUAUGACGUCCAUACACGUACUCUGUCAAAGUACUUGAUUGAGGCUGCUGCCACGGAUGCGAGAUUUGUAGGUGUUGCUACUAGUCUUGUUACGGCUGGUGCCAUGUAUCUCAGUCGUAGGGUGUUGACGAAUGAAAAUUGGACCGAUAUGCAUUGCCAUACAUCGCUAUAUCUGGAACACGAGAUUGUACCUAUGGCUCAUGGUAUCCUGGAUUGCGUUGCUAGCCCUCAACUGCAUCCAAUUGUGUAUGAAAAGUAUGGCAAAACGCAAUAUAUGAAUGCGUCUGCAUUCAUGCAAGAGUAUUGUCGACGUAUAAACUACAUGUCUAUGCAACAGGCACAUCGAUGA